AUGGCUUCAUAUUUGCAAAGAGCUGCAAACUUAUAUGUUAAAAACCACGCUCGUCUUUCUUCUCACUCAGCUACAGCUGGAGGACAUGGAGGUGGCUGGAGACUGUGGAAAAAGCUGUCUUUCUUCGUAGGAUUCCCAGCUGUUGGUUUGGGUAUGUUGAACGCAUACCUUGGUCAUCAAGAAGAACAUCAUGAGCGCCCUCCAUUCGUAGCUUACGAUUAUUUGCGUAUCCGUACAAAGCGCUUCCCAUGGGGUGAUGGCCAGAAAACACUUUUCCACAACCCUCAUGUCAAUGCACUGCCCAACGGAUAUGAAGAUGAACAU